AUGUCUCUUUCUUUUACGGCAUUUACGAACACCGAUACUGUAAUACAUUCUUGCUCUUCAGGAAGAAGAAAAAUUCAGAAAGCCAUCUCUGCGCACACCCCACCACUGAUCACCCUGAUCACUCUUCAUGUCCCAGUUUUUUGGAACCACUUUUCAGGUGAGGCUGAUAGCAAGAAGGGAGGGAUAGAGUGGGGAGGAGAUCUUGCUCUUGAGGAUCUUGUGUUGUUUGUUUGAAAACGAACCAAAAAGUCACUUUUUAUACAUUCCAUAAAUAAAUAACCAGCCUCCCCCCCCCUCCUCCUUCCUUCUCUCCUACUCACAUGUUCACCCCCCCCUAUUCUCACGAGAGGCUGAGAAGAGAAUUUCCAGUGCAAAAUUUAGGUUCCACAAUUUGUGAGCAUAAUGUUUGUACCACCACCACCAUUCCAGAUUCUCCAACUCUGGUGAGAGAUAAUAUUCUGGGGAAUGUUCCACGGCAAGCAUAGCCUUUUCCUUCAUCUUUUUUUUUUUACCCCCUCUCCCCCACCCUCCCCUCCCAAUUCUGCACAGCACGAUUCUUGCAGCGUCACCAGUGAUCGAGUCACUGCACGGUGAAAUAUCCCACCCCUUUUACAAGUAUCAUCCCAGUUUUCUCCUAGACCGGCGAGACAUUGAGAAUUUCGUGUAGCCCCUGUUGGCGUUUGAGACAGAGGUUAACUAAUACGCGACUUUUGUCAGUAACCAAAAUUUCGCAGUAUACUGAACAGACAACUGAGCCAGAGUGCAAAACUCUCCUUAGUCGUCUAUGUCUCAGAAGCUGAGAGGACGGCAUGAAAUUUUCAAGAGAUAAAGGUCGCAUGGGUGUUCUCUGUCACUUUUUCUCGCUUUGCGUUGGACUCCUAUUGUAUCCAUAUCGAUACUGAUAAUAUCAUGAGAAAUAAGAAAAAAAAA